AUGCCCAGGGAGGCUGCAGAAGACAGCACGGGAAGGGCUGAGGGUGCUGCGCCGGCAGAGCCUGGGGACCCUGACAGCAGUGAGUCUGGAGCCAUCAGCCUGCGCCCCGUGGAGUCCAUCAGCGACCUGUACUGGGCCUCGGGCGGGCACAAGGGCACAGAGGGCAAUGGCCCGGCUCCCUCCAGCAGCCUGCACCGGCCUCCACCUCGGCCCGUGUCCCCCGUGCCCCCGGCGCUCCUGCCCACCCUGCGCCCCGUGCCCCCCGCCAGCUCCUGCCCUUGCCUCGGCCCUGGCCACCCCCUGCUGCUGGCCCUGCUGGCACUCCUGGCACUGUCGAGCCUGGUCCUGGCCACACUGGCCAUCUACCUGAGUGUCCUGCAGAGCCAGUCGGUGCGGGCGCUGGCCCAGUGGCUCGAGAGCCAGGAGGACGCCGUGCACCAGCUGCGGGCAGCCAGCAGGCAGCUCUGGGCUCGCCUCAACGCCAGUGCCCAGCCUGGCGGGCACCGCUGAGCUGCUCCUGGUCCCACCACGGGCUCUGGGUCGCCACGGGAAGGGGCACCGAAGGGCAGGAGGGGGGAGCAGGCAGCCUUACCCACUGAGACCUGGCAGCAUUGCCCCUUGGGGCACAGGGGCAAUCCCGGACCCUGUCCCAGACUGUGAGAGAAAGAAACUGGGCUGUAAG